AUGAAGCUUCCGCGGUUUUUGAAAUCAAAAUCAUCAAUCUCCUCGGAGAGAGAAAGAACCUAUAUCCAAGGCACCAAUAGCCACCGUUCAUCAGUCUCGAGGUUAUCAACGAGAGAUCUUCAACUCACAUCUUCCAACGACCAUUCAAGCGAACACCAGAAAACCCACACUCAGAUCCUUGAUCAACUCCGUGGAGCGAAGCGGUUACGACUGCUUAAAGCUCCUUUCUUGCAACCUAGCGAGAAAACCUGGAUCGAUGGGGUCCUCGAAGAUGUUACCAAUGUUAUUCGAGAUGUGGAGGUACAAAGAGGAAUGGGAAAUGCAAGUUUGAGCAUUCCGAGCGAGUCGCGAUGGAGAAAUCGAUACGAUCAUGAACAAGCGAAAGAGGAAAUACAACGAAUGGCGGCAUGCCACAGUACACUCUCAGGUGUUUUGAACCAUCUCGAACACCUUGAAACUCCAAAACCGACUAUGGUUCAUGAGAUGGGGAUAAAUGACGUGACACUUAUUCACGAGAUGCCAGCAUACGAAGAUGUAAUAUUGAAGCCUAAGCUAGGGAUAGAUAGUGGGCUCGAGGUGUAUCCACCGCCAAAGGGGCCUAUUCAUAGCACUCGAGAUUCCUCUGGACUUGAGGUCGCGUCUACGGUUGAGCUGAGCUCAUUCAGUCAAGAGAUGAGUGAUAUGCUUGCGUGGCGUCGAAAUAAAGGGUCGCGAGGUAGUAAUUAUUUCAAGAAACCUGGAAUACCCGAUCGCAUUGAUGUAUAG